AUGGCAAGCUCCCGGCCUCACGCCCAUGCGCCACUGUGUCCUAAGCAGCCCGAAAUCCGAGAGGCCUUCCGUGUCCUGGACCGAGAUGGGAACGGCUUCAUCUCCAAGCAGGAGCUGGGCAUGGCCAUGCGCUCCCUGGGGUACAUGCCGAGCGAGGUGGAGCUCGCCAUCAUCAUGCAGAGGCUGGACAUGGACGGUGAUGGCCAGGUGGACUUUGAUGAGUUCAUGACGAUUCUUGGGCCCAAGCUGGUGUCUUCAGAAGGUCGCGAUGGGUUUCUGGGCAACGCGAUAGACAGCAUAUUCUGGCAGUUUGACAUGCAGAGGAUAACGCUGGAGGAGUUGAAACACAUCCUCUAUCACGCCUUCCGGGAUCACUUAACGAUGAAGGACAUCGAGAACAUCAUUGUCAACGAGGAGGAAAGCCUCAACGAGACCUCGGGGAGCUGCCAGACAGAGUUUGAAGGAGUGCAUUCCCAGAAACAGAACCGCCAGACCUGCGUCCGCAAAAGCCUCAUUUGCGCCUUUGCCAUGGCCUUCAUCAUAAGUGUCAUGCUGAUUGCUGCCAACCAGAUCCUGCGGAGUGGCAUGGAGUAG